AAGGAGGAAGAAAGCUCCGGCUGCUGUUGACCCACUUGGACCCACACCUAGACAAAACCCGCGCCAAACCCAGCCCCAGCUAGCUCUAGACUGCGCCAUGCGGGGCCCCAGCGUGGCUCUGUGGCUCAUCCUGGCUCUGCGCACUGCACUCGGAGGGAUGGAGGUGCGAUGGUGCACCAUCUCAGACCCGGAGCAGCAGAAGUGCAGUGACAUGAGCAAGGCCUUCCAGCAAGCCAGCAUCCAGCCCUCCCUCCUGUGCGUCCAGGGCACCUCAGCUGACCACUGCCUCCAGCUCAUCACGGCCCGGGAAGCUGACGCCAUCACUCUGGAUGGAGGAGCCAUUUACGAGGCGGGGAAGGAGCACGGCCUGAAGCCCGUGGUGGGCGAGGUGUAUGAUCAAGAGGUCGGUACCUCCUAUUAUGCCGUGGCUGUGGUGAAGAGGGGCUCCCACGUGACCAUCAACACCCUGAAAGGCGUGACGUCCUGCCACACGGGCAUCAACCGGACGGUGGGCUGGAACGUGCCCGUGGGCUACCUGGUGGAGAGUGGCCGCCUCUCGGUGAUGGGCUGCGACGUGCUCAAAGCUGUCAGCGACUAUUUUGGGGGCAGCUGCGUCCCCGGGGCAGGAGAGACCAGUUACUCAGAGUCCCUCUGUCGACUCUGCCAGGGCAACACCGCCGGGGAAGGGGUGUGUGACAAGAGCCCCCUGGAGAGAUACUACGACUACAGCGGGGCCUUCCGGUGCCUGGCAGAGGGGGCCGGGGACGUGGCCUUUGUGAAGCACAGCACGGUGCUGGAGAACACCGACGGGAAAACCCUGCCCUCCUGGGGCCAGACGCUGCUGUCACAGAACUUCGAGCUGCUGUGCCGGGAUGGCAGCAGGGCUGAUGUCACUGAAUGGAGGCGAUGCCACCUGGCUCGGGUGCCUGCUCAUGCCGUGGUGGUCCGAGCCGACACAGAUGGGGGUCUCAUCUUCCGGCUGCUCAACGAAGGCCAGCGCCUGUUCAGCCAUGAGGGCAGCAGCUUCCAGAUGUUCAGCUCUGAGGCCUACGGCCAGAAGAACCUGCUGUUCAAAGACUCCACCUCCGAGCUGGUGCCCAUCGCCACGCAGACCUACGAGGCAUGGCUGGGCCGCGAGUACCUGCAUGCCAUGAAGGGUCUCCUCUGUGACCCCAACCGGCUGCCCCACUACCUGCGCUGGUGCGUGCUGUCCACGCCCGAGAUCCAGAAGUGCGGAGACAUGGCUGUGGCCUUCAGCCGGCAGAGGCUCAAGCCGGAGAUCCAGUGUGUGUCCGCCGCGUCCCCCCAGCGCUGCAUGGAACAGAUCCAGGCUGGGCAAAUCGACGCUGUGACCCUGAAGGGCCAGGACAUUUACACAGCGGGGAAGAGAUACGGCCUGGUUCCAGCAGCCGGGGAGCACUAUGCCCCGGAGGACAGGAGCAACUCGUACUUCGCGGUGGCCGUGGUGAAGCGGAACAGCUCCUAUGCCUUCACCCUGGACGAGCUGCGGGGCAAGCGCUCCUGCCACCCAGGCCUCGGCAGCCCUGCAGGCUGGGACAUCCCCGUGGGCGCCCUUGUGCAGAGGGACUUCAUCCGGCCCAGGGACUGCGACGUCCUCACAGCGGUGAGUGAGUUCUUCAGCGCCAGCUGUGUGCCCGUGAACAACCCCAAGCACUACCCAUCCUCGCUGUGCACACUCUGCGUGGGCGACGAGCAAGGCCGCAACAAGUGUGUGGGAAACAGCCAGGAGAGGUACUACGGCUACAGUGGCGCCUUCAGGUGCCUGGCUGAGAAUGCAGGGGACGUUGCCUUCGUUAAGCACACGACUGUCUUUGACAACACGAAUGGCCACAAUUCUGAGCCCUGGGCUGCUGAGCUCAUGUCGGAGGACUACGAGCUGCUGUGUCCCAAUGGGGCCCGGGCCGAGGUGACCCAGUUCGCAGCCUGCAACCUGGCACAGAUACCGUCCCAUGCUGUCAUGGUCCGGCCGGACACCAACAUCUUCACUGUGUAUGGACUGCUGGACAAGGCCCAGGACCUGUUUGGAGAUGACCACAAUAAGAAUGGGUUCAAAAUGUUCGACUCCUCCAACUAUCAUGGCCAAGACCUGCUUUUCAAGGAUGCCACCCUCCGGGCAGUACCUGUGGGAGAGAAAACUACUUACCGUGACUGGCUAGGCCCCGACUACAUGGCGGCUCUGGAAGGGAUGCUGUCUCAGCAGUGCUCAGGCACAGCGAUCGUUGCCUCCAGCGUCUCCCUGCUCCUGCAGCUGCUCCUGCUGGCCCUCACGGCCAGCCUCCUCCAGCCCUGCCUCUGAAGCCGCUCUGGGCAAGCCUCGCCCUCCCUUGGAACGCAAACCUAUUCAGAAAUCUCCCUAGAUAAGGCUGUUCUCCUCAGUAAAUCCAGUUAACACUGCUCAGAGGGAAACGUGUGCCGGGAGAGGAAGCGUGAGAAACCACAGAGCUCCCCAGGGCUGCGAUUCCAACACUGAAGCUUCUGUGAUCGCUCCAGAGCGGGAUAAAGAGGGAUGUUACAGCAAAGCCCCCCAGCUGGACUGAGCAGGUCUCUCCCUCCUGCUGGAACCCAGCCGCUGCCUCCC